ACCCUGCUUCAGCUUGAACUCGCUAUGUCUAUGAAGACGAUUGUCUUCCUUUGUCUUGGUGUUACUCUUGCGGCUUCACCAGCACUGGCUGCAUGUGCCGUCCCGGCAUCCUCACUCAAGAUUCCGUCCAAUCAGACAGCCCUCGUCGCUCCCACCUUUCCCCCCUCUUUCGUGGCUCUGGGCGUCGGUGUUCAAAACUACACCUGCUCUAACACGUCCACUUACACUAAUGUCGGUGCUGUUGCAGAACUCUUCGACAUCUCUUGUGUCGUUGAUUCCGCCCUCUCCCCCUACCUUACCUCCGCCGUUGAAGCGCUAUGGUCCGCCAUUCCAUCUGACACAUUCAACACAACGGAGCUCAUCAGCACACUCGGAUUCCUCGGUAAUCCUGACGUCAUCGGGCAGCACUACUUCGUACCCAAUCCUGCCACCGGUUCUGGUAGCUCCCCAAAAUUCGAUUUUACGAGUGCGAGGUUCAACGGCGUAGCGGAGGCAUUUGUGGUGUUGGCGAAGACGGGAGAUGUUGUCUCGCCUGAUGACAAGAGUGUGGAUGUGGAUUGGUUAUAUCUGACCGCAUUAUCGUAUGGGGGUCAAGGAGACUUGGCGGGAUCAGCAUUCAGGGUUGAAACGGCGGGAGGACAGCCGCCUGCUUCGUGCAAUGGCGCUGACAGCAUUUCGGUCAAAUAUGCUGCGAAGUACUACCUCUACAACACAACGCUUCCUGCCAGCGUUCUCGACAGCUGAACGGACUUUCUACUUGGAUAUUAUUGGGUGAAUCCAUGCAUUGGGACUUGCUCCUCAUGCUCCCUUUAAACUCUGUCGUUUUUUGGUGCGAAUAUUUAUUCUGAAUGCCUACCGCUGUCCGAUAU